CGCGGCGCGUUUUGAUGACGUCAAACUGUCCUCCUGACGACAACAAAAACAUGGAGGAGUAUGUCCGUGAACCCUGUCCCUGGAGGAUAGUGGAUGAUUGUGGAGGUGCUUUCACCAUGGGUGCAAUAGGUGGAGGGAUGUUCCAGGCAGUCAAGGGCUUUCGAAAUGCCCCUGCAGGUGUCAGGCACAGACUGAGAGGAAGUGCUAAUGCUGUGAGAAUAAGGGCUCCACAGAUUGGAGGGAGCUUCGCUGUAUGGGGAGGGCUCUUCUCCACGAUCGACUGUGGUCUAGUUCGCCUCAGAGGAAAAGAAGAUCCGUGGAACUCUAUAACAAGUGGUGCAAUGACAGGAGCAAUUCUGGCAUCACGCAGUGGGCCUUUAGCUAUGGUGGGCUCCGCUAUGAUGGGAGGAAUUUUGCUGGCUCUCAUUGAGGGUGUUGGGAUACUCUUGACCAGAUAUACGGGACAGCAAUUUCAGAAUCCUGUUCCCUUUGCAGAUGACCCCAGUCAGUUACCACCUAAAGAUGGCAGGCACUGGCAGUAACAGCACGCGGGAUCAAGGGGCAGUUUCACUGUAGAGACCAGAAAGGACUGAGAGCAGCUGUGGACACCAAGAGACUAUAGCAGGUAUCAGGUUGAGUGGGUGUUGCAGAUACUGGUCCCUACAAUGGUGUUACGAGCUCAUACCUCAGGGACAAACUCGUUUUUGUGAAAAAGGGAUCUUCACGUUUGUUGGUUUGUUUUGCUGGUUUGUUUUAGAAAAAUCUGAGCUCAACAAAAUCUUAUUCAUGUCUUUGUUUGCAGCUUCUCCUCCUCCCUGGCAGCUUUUCUUAGUCAGAGAUUUUGUCAAACAAUUCUCAUUAUCUUACAUAAAAGAAGGAAUUAUUUCAUGUCUGUAUCACUAAAGAAUAAGGAUGAGUGGUUAGAAGUGGUAGCUUGGAUCAGUGAUACACAAUUGUCAUGCACCUUUGAGUUGAUUGCUGGAUUAUGCAUUGUGCACUUUUUAAACCCUGUUUCUCUGGGCUUUACUUGUAUAUGGUAUGUUUUUGUAAAUAAAUACGUAAGUAGGAGGCUAAAAAGGCUCUAAAGCUGCUUUUUGUGACUGAAGGUAUUAAAUAAUAUUUUAGGAAAUGUCUAUGAUUAAAUUUGUAAAUUUUCAAGGAUAGCGUGAUAGUGUGGACUGAAAGGCUCAAUUCUUUUUUUAAGAACAAAUACACAAAACAAAUAUUUUCAGUGUCAGCUAUUGGCCAAAUUGUUAUUUUCAUCAGACUGAAGAGAUUUACAAUCAGUGCAUCAGUGUUAAAUGUAUGUUUUGUUUUAUUAUAUUUAUCAUGCAGAAUUUAAUUCAAA